AUGCCAAAAGAAACAGUAAAUAAAGCAAUAUCGGAAAUUGAAGAGGAAUUGCAAAAACGUAUUGCAUUCUUAAAAUCGCAAGACAAAUUACUGGAAACACAAAGGAUCAAUCAACGCACUCAAUACGAUCUUGAAAUGCUAACCGAAACAGGCAGCUGUAAAGGUGUAGAAAAUUACUCCCGCUUUUUCACAGGUCGUAAAGCUGGAGAGCCACCACCCACUUUAUUUGAAUAUCUCCCAAAAGAUGCUUUAUUAUUUGUUGAUGAAAGCCACGUAUCCGUACCGCAAAUUAGAGCUAUGUAUAACAGUGAUAGAGCAAGGAAAGAAGUGCUGGUAGAGCAUGGAUUUCGUCUACCGUCAGCUCUUGAUAACAGACCGCUAAAAUUUGAAGAAUGGGAUAAUUUUAGACCACAAACUGUUUUCGUAUCAGCAACGCCAUCAAUUUUUGAACUAAAUGAAACCGGCGGCGAAGUUGUAGAGCUAAUAAUUAGACCUACGGGGCCGCUUGAUCCAGAAUGUAUUAUUAAGCCUGCUACUAAUCAGGUUGAGGAUUUAGUAGGCGAAAUCCAAAGCACGAUUGCCAAAGGUUUCCGUGUGUUAGUUACAACUCUUACCAAAAAAAUGGCAGAAGAUUUAACUAAUUAUUUGCAGGAACUUAGAUAUAAAACCUCUUAUUUGCAUUCUAACGUUCAUACAUUAGAGCGUAUCGAAAUAUUAAGGGAUUUAAGGCAAGGAAUAAUCGAUAUUCUAGUCGGAAUUAACUUGCUGCGUGAGGGUUUAGACAUUCCCGAAUGCGGUUUAGUUGCCAUACUUGAUGCUGAUAAAGAAGGGUUUUUGCGUUCGGAAGUAUCGCUGAUACAAACGAUCGGUAGAGCUGCAAGAAAUAGCGAGGGAAGAGUUAUUCUCUAUGCCGAUAAAAUGACUAAGUCUAUCGACAAAGCUAUUAGCGAAACGAUGCGUAGACGGACGAUUCAGCAAGAACAUAACGAAAAAUACGGCAUAAUUCCAAAAACCAUCAACCGCACUAUUCAUGUUUUAGCAGAGCUUGAGCAAGUAGAUAGUAAGCUUGAUAAAAAACAAACGCAUAAUUUAUUUGAAAAUCCAGCUAAGCUAAAAGCUCAUAUUGAUAAACUAACAAAAGAAAAGCUUAAAGCUGCAAGCAACCUUGAAUUUGAACAAGCAGCAAAGCUUCGUGAUCAACUAAAAACUUUAGAAAAGGCAGCAUUAGAAUUGAGCUAA